AAACCCUAAGUCAAGCCCAAGAGCAAGUCGGAGCUAAUUGCUCGUGAAAGUUUUUUAUUUUGACAAUUAAGAAUUAUUGUGCAUAUCAAUUAUUGCGGCUCUGUGUGUGUGGGUGUGUGCCUCAGCCGGAAGAAUUCAAUGUGCUGCUAAAAAAAAGAAAACCGACAUAAAAAACAAAAUUAAGACAUACUAAAGUAUUCAAAAUAAAAUGGUGCAAGGCGAGGCGCCCGUCGAGGGACGGGUCACAGCUCGCAGCGAUGAGCAGCCGGAGGAGGCGACAGCUGCUGCAGCGGAAGCCCCCGAGGAGCUCCACAAGCUGCUCAACAAUGGCAAUGCCCACGAGACGACGGACAACAAGAGCAACAAAGGCGCCCAGGCACGCAUCAAGGCCAAGUUAAAGCGCGAAAAGUCCGAGCAGGAUCGCCUCAUGACCGAGGAGAUCAACAAGCUGCUCAACGAUAUGCCGCUGGAGAAGAAUGUGACAUGUGGCUUUUGGUUCCUUCGCGGCACUUUCUUUCAGCGCUUCGCCAAUCAAACUGCCUACGUCUUGCUCUAUGGCAUCGUCGGAUGCAUUUUCUCAAUGACGUACGCCUACUUUAAUGGCACCAUAACCACGAUUGAGAAACGCUUCAAGAUACCCUCGAAGAACACGGGCAUCAUAUCGGUGGGCAACGACAUUAGCCAAACCUUGGUCUCCGCCGUGCUGGCCUACUAUGCGGGCAAGGGUCAUAGGCCGCGUUGGAUAGGAUUUGGUCUAUUGACUAUCGUUCUAUUCUGUCUGAUGACCACCUCGCCGCAUUUUCUUUACGGUCCGGGCGAGGAUGCUCUGGCCUUGACCAAGGAGUUUGGGGCACUGCCCGACGAGAAUGCCACCAUGGAGGCCAUAGAAGAGCAGCGAUCGAAGACCUUGUGUCGCCUCUCGGGAGGUGGCGCAGAGUGCGAAGUGGGCGAGGGAAAUUUCGCACCACAAGUUUUGCUGUUUGUCGCCCAGUUCAUAUCUGGCAUCGGUGGCUCCCUCUACUACACUCUGGGCGUUUCCUAUAUGGACGAUAAUACGAAAAAAUCCAAGACUCCAGCUUUGCUCAGUCUCUCGUACUUUUUGCGAAUGCUGGGACCAGCUAUUGGCUAUGCUCUGGCAUCCUUUUGUCUGCGCCUGUAUAUCGCACCGCAACUGCAUCCGGUUAUCAACAACAAGGAUCCACGCUGGCUGGGCGCUUGGUGGUUAGGCUGGUUAGUCAUGGGCGGUCUGUUAUCAUGCUCGGGCAUCUUUUUGUCGAUGUUUCCCAAGGAGCUGCCCCGCGCCGCCGCCAGACGCAUGGUGGAGGAAAAACGACGACGCGAACGUCACUCGCUCAAGCAAAAGGAGAGCACUGAGAAGGAGAAGCUCACAGCAGAUCUGGAAGCGAGAGCUGAGCAAUCGGCAACAGAGCAAAAGGCUUCGUUCAAGGAUAUGCUGGUCACGUUCCGGCGUCUGACCACCAACAAGACGUACAUGUGCAACACGCUCUCGAACAUCUUCUAUCUGAUUGGGUAUACGCCGUUCUGGAUAUUUACGCCCAAGUACAUCGAGGUGCAGUACAAGCAGUCGGCAGCCACCUCCAGCAUGGUCACGGGCACUGUGGCCCUAGCCUUUUCCGCCAUAGGCGUACUGCUCUCCGGUUUCAUCAUAUCCCGCUAUAAGCCCAAGGCUCGCUACAUGGCCGCAUGGAAUGUGAUCUGUGCCGUUCUGGUUGUCGCUGGCGUUGUGACCUAUGCAUUCAUUGGUUGUCCGGAUAACGAACGCUCGGUCAUUGUGAAUAUUCACAAUAGCGCUGUGAAUGACAGUGUCACCUGCAAUUCGGCCUGUUCCUGUGACUAUGUCCGCUACUCUCCCGUCUGUGGCGAGAAUAGCAUGACCUAUAUAUCCGCCUGCCAUGCCGGCUGCAAGAUGGAGCACGUACGACCCGAUGGCAAAAAGGUCUUCUAUGACUGCUCCUGCAUACCGGGCACAAGAAAUAGCACCUUCAAUCGCCUUACUCCACUGGAUUUGGCUAAUGAGGCGAACAGUAGAGAUCUAACGGGUAAAGCGCUGGAAACUGCCUCAUCCAUGGAAUACUUGGAGCAACUCGCCGCUGGUCAGGCCACGCCAGGCGCAUGUCCUGUCAACUGUUGGACGCAGUUCAUCGCGUUUCUCUCAGUGAUGUGCUUUCUAAAAUUCAUUGGCGCUGCGGGCAGAGCAUCCAAUUUCCUAGUAUCGGUUCGAUGUGUGCCAGAAAAGGAUAAGACGGCGGCCAUGGGCUUUGGCAUGAUGCUAUGCUCGAUGUUUGCCUUUAUACCGGGACCCAUAUUCUUUGGCUGGAUCUUUGAUCGCAUGUGCCUGGUGUGGGGUAAAACGUGCACGAACAAGGGCAACUGUUGGCUCUACGAUCCAGAGUCCAUGAGAUACACGCUCAACUUUACGGCAGCUGUUUUCAUUAGCCUGGGCGCUAUCUUCGACUUUGGUGUCUGGUAUUAUGUGAAAGAUCUUAAGAUAUUCGACGAGGAGGUCAAGGAAGUCGAAAUGCAAAUAGUGCAGCACGAGGAGGAGGUCAAUGCAGAAAAGAAUACCGAAAUAUAAGUUACUAGAAUAAUUUAUA